AUGUCAACACUGAAGUUGGUCAAGACCUCUUCAGAAGAGAUCCCGAAAGUCGUCUGUGGUUCUCAGUGGCGAAAAGCUCUGUAUCUCACCCUCACACGCUCAGCUGAGAGUAUUGUGCAUGAAUCGCAAAAUGGCUUUGUUACGGUAUACGAUGGAUACCCAAAAUCAACAGUUCAUUUGCUAAUAAUACCGAAUAAGAAGCUCAAGUCACCACAGCAAUUAACCAG